GCUCUCCUGUCAUUGGGUGCUGUGUGGGGUGAUGGUUGUGGUUUCUGUUGGUGAUGUCUCCAGAACGAGUACCGGCGUACUGCUUCAGAUCUAUAGAUGCUUAUUUUCAUUCACAGCAUUGCAGCACCGCUCCCUCAGAACAAAUGAUAGAUAGAUAGAUAGAUAGAUAGAUAGAUAGAUAGAUAGAUAGAUAGAUAGAUAGAAAAACAUUAUUUUUGCAUUUUUGAUGAAUAGGCACCAAGGGAUACUGUGACUCUUGGACUGAACAUUGUUUUCCAGGAAGUAGACCAUGUCCAUCUUGGAGUGUUUCCACCGAGUCAUUGCCUCAUACACAAAUCACUGGACCAGAGCAUAGACUUAGCCUUUUCUGGAGUGGACCACCGAGUGCUGACAAGCAGAAAAUACUCAUCGCAUCUCUACUUUUACAGCUUGAGGUGAGUUGCAGCCACAUGAAAAAACAUUGAAUAUGUUCAUAGAGAAAACACCUUGAAAUAGUACUAGCUGCACUUUUUUUUUUCUCUGAUGACUCUUGAAUCUGCUAUUUCUAUCUCUGUGAGUGUAGUUCUUCUGCUGUCUCAUGUUUAAUCAGUGCAUCAGAAUCAGUAACAUAGCAUCACACAGAUCCUGCACUGCUGCAGCACGAAAGGAUUGAUACUACAUAAAAAAACAUUACGCUCCUAUUGGUAGGAAAAGCUGUAGUGGACACAAUGAAUUGGUUGCUGCAGCUGUCUAUCAUGCUGAAGGGUGUGUUCCUACUGUGAUGAACAUGGUCAUAUGGAGAACACAAACAUGCCUCCCUGUAUCAAAGUGGUGUUCAGUGGUGUGUUUGUUUAGGUGUGGUUCAUAAGUCCCUGAUGUGAGAUGGACAGAACUGAAGAAAUAGGACACUGCAGGUGGAGAAUAAUGCAAAGAUAAAGUGAUUGGGUUGUUUACGUUGGAUGUGAAAUCAGACGAUCAUCUCUGUAAGCUGUAUGUUAGAGAUUCUGAUUGACAUACGUUGUCUCCCCUUCCCUCCCUAAACUGGGAGUGUAUAUUGAAUCAGUUACAGGGAUGCAUCAAUAUUUCAUAGUGGAGAAAUGUUAGUAGGCUGAAACAUGCAGUAUAGUUAAACUGCAUUAAGACAGUUAACAGUCCGGUUGAAACAGUAAAAAUAGUGACAGAUAGUUAGAUAAAACAAGAAAAAAGAUUUUAAUUUAAUUCUUUGCUGAUGCAACUAAAAAGCAGCAAUUCAGAGAAUUGACCCAGGCAGUAAAGAGCUAAAGAGUUUACAGAUCUGCAAGAAACAGGUCAUAUGAUCCCAGUCAGCCCUGAGCUAUUAGAGGGAGAGAGGGAGAGAGAGGGGGAGAGAGUGAUAAUGGCAAACAGAGGAAAAGAAGCAGAAAAAAAAGUCUAGCAGCAGUGAUCUGUAUAAUACAGAUUACUUUCCUCCAUGCUGCUACAGUUUCUGCUGCUGUGUGUAGUCAUGGCGCUCACAUUGUUCAGAUUGUGCGAGUGGAGGCUUAAACUUUUAUACAGUAGUGAGGCGGAGGACAUAUGGACAUGUUCCUCGUGAGCUGCUUCUGCAGAAAAGGUAAAACUGCUUCUUUACAUUUGGCUUUUAUAAGGCAGACUUGGUGAUGACUGAGUUCUUACUAAAGAUUUAUUCUCGUUCAGAAAAAUGUCUGAGGGAAGAACAUCUUGUCAUACAUUAUUCAUGCUAGUAAUGGUCUCAAACUGUGGUGAAUGGAUGAGUGGUGUUUUACUGGUCUGUGACAGGGAGAGACUAUCAACAGGAACUUUUUGUGAGCUUAUAUUGAAUGAAAACUUUUUAAAUGACUCAUUAUAUAUAAACUGAGCAUUAGUCUAUUCAUCCAUAAGCUUUAGCUUGUGAUGUAAAUGGUAAGUUAGCAGUAAAAUGGAUCCAGGUUGACUUGCUGAGAGGCUUUCCACUUGGAUGUUAAGCAGUUGUGAACCAACAUGUUAACAGCAGGAUUCAUAUCCCCCCUUUGUUUUAAUAUUUCUGUUUCUACUGUCUUUUUGUCUCAGACUGUCCCAUGCACCUUAGCAGAUGCCCAGCACUCCCUGAGACUGUGAUCAAACCUGACCACACUGGAGGGAGGGUCAGCUGUUCCUGGGAAAUCUGAGGAAACUUGACUGUGUGGCACCACUUAAACAGAGACCAGACCAGAGUGAGCCACUUUAGGACUCGAGGAUCUGUUACGAUUACUUUUGUCUUUGUAGCAGUGGGCAGAGGACAGUCUCACUCGCCAUGUACUCCCCCCAGAGUCUCCACCGAUGGGGCAUCACUCACAGUGAGAGUAUGGAGCGGCUGGCAUACAGUCAAGGUAGGAUGGCAGUCCCACCUGAGUGACUUAGUCUUUCUAUUACAGGAUGGCAUUUCUUUUCAGCUCCCAACAACACUUUGUCUCAAAAAUCACCUCACUGAUCACUCUUCACAUCACCGCUAGAAUGACAUUAGGUUUAUAAAAGGUUAGUAUAAAGGUUAAAGAGCAAUGCCUGCAAUAAAAAUGAUUCUUCCAAUCAGAAAACAUUCACAGAAAUCACCAAUCAGCAUGUCGAACCAGUGCAAUACUCUAAUAUCAUUCUAAGGUAAGUUAUAAUAAUCAGAUUUUUAUUUUAUCAGCCACAAAUGAGCUGUUUUAAACUUUAAACUGGUAAACAACACUUCUUGGGUUAUAAACUUCAGGUCAAAUCAAUCCCUCAAGCAUGUAAUGACAUCCCUUUACCCUGUAUAAUUACAUUAAUGUAUUCAUGGAUUCAUUUUAUUAAGCUGAAUAAUAUUUUCACAGAAAUUUUAGAAAUGGGAAAAAAGUUAAGCACAGCCAUAGAUUUCAUGUAAAGAAUUUUUUUCAUGGGAAACCUUUAUCAAGUCUUUAUCAAGUGAACAUAGUUUUGUAUAUUUUUAAUCUACUUCCCCUCAUGAUUCAAAUUUCAUUGGAUUUUCUUUGACAUUGUUCUCCAUACCAGUUUAACAAUACAUGUAAAGUUGGGCAUUAGGCAGGAUUUAUUUGGCUUGGCUUAGUUUACCAGCAAAACCAGAUCAAUGUAAAAUUUUGUGGACAAGCCACAAACCAAAACCUACACGAUAUGGUAUUUACAGACAUCACAAAGUUGUGAUGUACAGUUUGACCCUUUUAAAUAUUAUUUAAAGCUAAUUUAUUCCUCCUGAACAGCUUUUUGAAAGUUGUUUCAACUCUGACCUUUCACAAUAAUACAAAGUUUUAGUUUAUUCUUUUUUUGGUCGCCAAUGGCCAGGUGGUCUAAACAUGCCCAUUAUACAAAGGCUGUUUUCCUUGUCACAGCAGUUGCUGGUUCGACUCCUGGCCACGACCCUUUGCUGCAUAUAUUCACCCACUCUCUUCUUCUUUCCUGUUCUCUUCAGCUGUGCUUCUUAAUAGAGGUAAUGAAAAAAAAACCAAAACAUAUUUUUUGGGGAAAAAGUUAACCCCUUUUUCAAAAUGAAAAAAAAAAGAAAAAAAUUAAAGAUAACUGUAUUUUUCCAAAUGGAAUACGACUCAGCUUCAAAAAUACACAGACAUGUUUUUAGGGGAUUACCAUUAAGUUCCUGAUUAAAGAACCAAAUUGAUCAGUCAAACCCUAAAAUGAGGAAAUUUUUCUGGUUUUUACUUAAAGAGAGAAGCAUUAGGAUACCACACUUGAAUAGAAAAAAAGUAAAGAAUCUAAGAAGAAUUACUUAAAAAAUACAUCAGCCUGUGAGGUGCAGCACAAAUCAGGUAUUACACUGUUAUUACUGUUGUGUAUCGUUGCAUUCAACAGUUUUAUUUGCAGUGCUACUUAAGUCAAAUUUCACAAAAUAUUUGGUAGUUAAAGUUGGCUAGUACUAUGGAUGGGACCCUAUAUGUACUGUUGAUGAAGUUAGGUGAUGUUCUGAGCAUUAUUUGUGGCUAUAGAGUGGCUUUUCAGUUGAGCGGGUGGCUCUCUGUAUUGCUAUUGUGUGGUCGUUUUUAGAGCUGGUAUAACUAGAGAAGCAAGCGUUUAGCAACAUUCACCUCUCAACGGGGUGUCUAACUCGGUAUUACGGUGUGUUUGACCCUAACUUAAUUUUACACCUGAAUAUCCCUUUAAGUCAAAAAUGCAUGUUUUGCAAUAGUUGCAAAUAAAUGAAAGUAUAAUAGAAAAAGGAAAUGCCUUUAAAAUUGAACUCUUGUAAAGGCCUUCAUCUGAGAUAUGCAGACAGGGUCUUUAGUGUCCAGUCUGUUCAUCACAGUGCAGUUCAGCCUUCAGCCAGCAGGGGGCGGCACGUCCUGAACAUGGCAACCCCCUAAAUCAUUACGUAGUGCUCCUUUUGUGUCUUGUGAGCCUUUUGACACCGCCCCUCUGGAGGGUGCAGCGGGACAGUCAGAAGCCAUCUGUCUGUGAGCUUUGCGAGGUGUAAACAAAUCUUUCCCACACCGUGAUGCUCAUUAAAGACUUAUUUAACCAACCGAGCGACCGUCCGCGCUGUCACCGCCGCUAACCCUCACCAUGUAGACGGACGCCUACGUUUUCCAGCACGAGUCCGACGCGACGUUUGGUUUUGGUCUCUCGGCAGAGCUGUCAGCGCUUCGGCCCCGGUGGUAACACAGGUAUUUUUAUGGUGCGGCUGUCAUAAUGGUCGCCGGUUAAAUUGUAAAUCCAGCUAAAGGUCGCUAACGCUUAGCAUCCCGCAUGAAUCUGGUUGUUUUCGCACCGAGCUGUAGUCAUUUCAGAGGGACGUGAACAUGGCAUCGCCUGCAGACCACGACCUAUCUCUGUCUGAAGCGGACAGCAGCAAGGAGAAAACUCAGGUGUUUGGCAUUUUGAGGCUGCAGGAGGAGAAAUCGACUGUCGGGGAGAAAGCCAACAACAGCAGCAGCAGCAGCAGCACUGUUAAAGGAGGUGGAGGUGGUGUAGGCGGAGGAGACGGGCGAUGGCAGGCUCCUAUCUUCGCUUUGGCCAGGAAGGCAUCCGAGACCAUUUCAGGGAGCAUUCACGUCCUCCCCAAAGUGUCGGAGCACAGGACGUCUCUGCCCGGGGACUGGAACGUCCAAGGUAUGGUGUUAUCAGCAUCAGGGGGCAUUAGGUUCACGCAAAGAGUGGAGGAGUGUUUGUGUAAAAGGGGCCUUGAUUCUGCAGACAUCCAGUAUCUGAUUUUGUCCGGGACACAUGAAUGAACCCCCCGUCCCUCCCUAUGCUUAUCACAGACUCCUCUCACAGAUGAAUCCUCCUCCUGAGGUGUUCAGGAACAAUCAAUCAUCCGGUCUGCUGCUAAAUGGAGCAGAGUUAACAGUUUGAGCUGCUGUGAAAAUGUGAUGGCUGGUACAUCUUCUCCUCCACAUCCACAGCAUUACCUCACCAUCCUCUGCGUGUGUGUGUGGCGAAUUGAUUUUUCAUAGAUCUGUGCAGCUCUCAUGCUUUGAUGCUGCAUCCUCCUCUGUCAGGGGUACAGAUAUACUUCCUGAGGUAUCACAUGUUGCACUGGUGCUAAUGGAAAAUGUCCUGCCUUUCCUCCCCGGGGCUUUUUGAGUCAAUAUGUUAUUCAUGUUUGUUGAUAUCGCUACAGAGUCAGUAACUUUGCAGUACAUACAAGCCACUUGAAUAUCUACUAUAAUUUACUCUUUGAGUCAGAAUUUGAGUACUAUGGAUGCACAAUAUGGGUAUUGGUAGAUAAAAACUGAAACACAAAUUUGAGGUAUGGUCAGAGAUUGAAGUUUCUGCCAAUAAGUACAUGACGACACAGUGUUGUAUCAGUUAUGUCCACACAAUGACAGGUUAUGCACCCUGCAACAUUGUCACCUGACUUUGUUUCAUGUGUGACAUUGUUCAUUAACCCAGAAGUCCAGGCGUAGCGGAUUUAAAAGCUUGCUGCCGUUGCUGAAAUGUUUAAGGGGAUCAUGUUACAUCAUGUCCUUGUUUAUGUCUCCUUUUAUUUAGAGGUAGUUUUAAUACAAUUUGUAAUUUAGCCAUCAAUUUAGUGUUACAGUACCACACUUUCUUUCUUUCUUCUUUAUUUUUCUCAAACUUUAAGAACAACAAAGAACAACUAGAAAACAAAACACUGAACAAAAUAAUACAUAUGUACACCAAACAACUGUACAUGUCAAAGAUGAAUUAACUCAACAUAUGUAUGUCAAAAAUAAACAGUUUGAGAAGGAACUGAAGGAAGCAAAAAGCUUAUCUAGUCCUGACCCUUCCUUGCAAAUUAGAGACUCAUAUUUAAUACUUCUUGGGGGAAUAAAACAAAACUUAAUUUCCUAAAUUUGUGUAGAAAAUGGUUACUUUAAGAUAUUCUUAAACCUGACUUUUGUUUUUAAGCGUAUUCCAAAGUGUUUGUGUUUGUUCAUGUUUCUUCUCUGCAGCCAUGAGAGACCCUAUGGCCAUGGAGAGGGCCAACCUGCUGAACAUGGCCAAGCUGAGUAUUAAAGGACUGAUCGAGUCGGCUCUGAGCUUUGGACGCACACUGGACUCAGACUACCCGCCUCUCCAGCAGUUCUUUGUUGUCAUGGAGCACUGCCUCAAACACGGCCUCAGAGGUAUAAAAAACAAAGAACUGUGUGGGUGUUUUGCUAAAUUGGCAACACCUCACCCUGUCAGCGCUCUCUGUCUGAGCUGCACAGGUGUUUUUUUGUGCCUCCUUAAAAAGUGUCAUUCCCCAGUGUGCAUCUGACUGAUAAGUCUCUCCUCCUUUUAUGUCUCUGCAGUGAAAAAGUCCUUUCUCGGCUUUAACAAGUCUCUGUGGGGUCCCCUGGAGCUGGUGGAGAAGCUUUGUCCUGAAGCGGCAGAGAUAUCAGCCUCUGUACGAGACCUGCCUGGACUGAAGUGAGGGGAACAUACAUGAGCACACACAGCAUGGCAGUAUGCAGGAGAAAUGGCAGCUUUGACAUUCCCACUCAAAGACAUAAGCCAGAGCAGUUAAACACCUGAGCGCGAUUUACUUUCACUUCACCUUUCUGCUCGUUUCAGCUUUGCCUGUUCCUUAUAUCUGUUUCUCUACUUCUCUUUCUUUUGUUUCUACGUUGCUGCAAGAGCAGUGGGAGUUAGAUAGUAGUAAGUUACUCAUCAGUUUUGGUUCUGGUAUUCUAACCGUAAAAGCUAUGGUUAAUAUUCAUGUAGUGUCCUUUGGUGGAUACAGUGAGCAGGCUGGUGCUUCAUCUCAAUCGUACACGUGAUUUCCACAUAAGGCUUUACUCUGUUAUUACUCAGUUAUCUGUCGCAGCAGAGCUUCCAGGGGCAAAUGAAGUGAGUAAUAUUCAGGUCUCGUCUUAUCCAGCAAAAUAAGGAACAGUUGUUCUGUUUCAGAGUGUGUUUCCUUUGGUGGUGCUGAGUCAGACCAACAGACAUGUAGCAGAGCAGUGUUUUUUCAACACACACUAGAGUUGGUGUCUCCAGAAUAAUAUCACAGAUCAAUCCAAUUUUGAUUGCUGAGAUGAAGUUAAAAGAAACACAUUUCAUUUUCUAUAUUUGGACUGGAUUCUUGAAAAAAGGGAACAGUGAAUCAGAUGAGACAAAUAGUCUGUAAACUGCAGUUAACAAUCAGCAACACAGACGAGGACAAAACAAGUUUAAAACAACUAGAGGAAACAAAACUGAGAACCAGUCGAACAGUUCUCCAAACCCACUGGUCCCAAAAUUCUGGAAACCUCUUAAGAAUGUAAUCUUAUCACCUGCAUGUCUGUGUGUUUCUUUCAGGACUCCAUUAGGCAGGGCCAGAGCUUGGCUGCGUCUGGCCCUCAUGCAGAAACGGCUUGCUGAUUACCUGAGACUCCUCAUCACAAGGAAAGACCUGCUCAGGUACUCAUGCAAACAGUGUUUGUACGCAAGGUGAUACACACAGAGACAAUGUGACCUAAUUCAUAUGUUUGUCACCAAAAACUUAACCCUGAAGAUGAAUUAGACCCCCAGAGGUUAAAGCUGGACAAACUAGAUUUAUAUUUCCAUCAACAGAUCCUCUAGCAUUAGUCAUGUGAAUGAGUUUCAGAUGGUGUGAAAAUAUAACACCUUUUAUCUAAAGACCAGAAUAAGAGUAUUUAAUCAGAGGUAGACUUUUAAGCAAAGUAAGUAUCCCUUCAGUUUAUUUCAAAAAAGAGAUUUGUACUGUGUAUUUUUUUUUGUUUUUAUGCUAUUCUUUAAAAAAAAAAAAAGUUUUGUUUUAUGUAAAGCACAUUAGGUUGCCUUGGUAUGAAAUGCGCUAUAUAAAUAAAGAUGCCUUGCCUUGCCUUACUUUCGUCAAAGUUAUUCAUACCUAAAUCAACGCCAUUGCUGAGCCAAAACAUGGUUUUCUAGCCACUCUACUGUACAUCCUGUAACUGUUGGAGUUUUCUUCAGUGCUUGAUAAGUUGUUUGGUGUCCUUCACAGUGAUUUUUAUGAGAAUUCGGCUCUGAUGCUGGAGGAGGAGGGAGCUGUGAUAGUGGGCCUGCUGGUGGGCCUGAAUGUCAUCGAUGCCAACCUGUGUGUCAAAGGCGAGGACCUGGAUUCUCAGGUAACUACUACUCUGGGACACCAUAUUAAAAUUCAGGGAAGGUCUGCAGUGAAACAUGCCAUAGAUGUGUCUUUUCAGUGUUGGCUUGUAUUAGAUGAGCUGGCUUUACUGCAUUCUCUGACAUUGUUUUCAGUUUGUUUGUAUCAAAUAAAAGAAGAAGUAAAUGUUUCUCUAAUGUCAACAAUGAAACUGGUAAAUUGACUUCCUCAACUGAGAAGAGAGAGAUUGACUUCAGUAUGUGGAAACAAAGUCCAGAUAAGAGUUUUCUGUUUUGUCACCUUAUCUUUUCAUCGGACAGAUGGAGAACAGACAUGCUAGUAUCAUGUUUCAGCUCAUGGGUGGAACAUUUUCACGAUGGCAAACACACUUAAAUACUAAUGCAAACAACCUGAGUAGACUGUGUUCACACCUGACUUAGUGCUGAUGAGGUACAUGUGAAGUGACCUGGACAUUGUGUUGAGUUCAGUUUGUUUUUCUUAUUCCAGGUCGGGGUUAUUGACUUCUCCAUGUACUUGAAGAAUGACAUUGAUGAUUACAGGAGCGAGGAGAGGUAUGGUUUAACCAUUUCUACAGUUUUUCUUAUUCACCUGACCUCUAUGGCCUCAAAAUCUGAUGCAGAGUUCUGUCUCAUGUCUGUUUCCAUGGCAACAGAAAUAGCCAAAUUGCAUCCAUCUUGGAUCAGAAGAACUAUGUGGAGGAGCUGAACCGGCAACUAAAGUAAGAGCUGUUUAUUUAAGAGCUGAUUAUUGAAACUGAACAUACACUCCUGGAUAGGAUGUCAUAAUAUUAUUGUUUUUCAUUGGCUUCUACUCCCUACAUAUGACCUCUACUAUAUAAGAGUUGGGAUGCCCUGUAAAAUGUUCAUGGCAAACAAUUGAAUGCCUGUAUUUAAUUGCUGAAAUUGCAAAGAUAACAUAUCAAAUUUUGAACCUAAAGGAUGGACUGUUUUAAGAAGAUUUAUGCUCAUUUUGAAUUUGUUGCCAGUAACAUGAUUUAAAGCAGAAAGGAAAGGGACAAACUAACAGGUAAAAUGUUGUGUAAGGCUAAAAUAGCAGCUUUAGAAACAUCUCCUGACUUAUGAGGUUAAUUUGCAACAGGUUAGUAACAUGACUGAGUAAAAAAAUAGCGUUCAGAGAGGCUGAGUCUGUCUGGAGGAAUCAGGUCCACCACUCUGUGAGAGUGUGUGUGAGCAAAUAGUUCAUGAUCAAAGCCUAAAUGUUCUUUUAUUUGUUGUGCAUUAUAUGAAAAAAAUUCAUAGACUGGAGAAAUCUCUGUGAUAAAGAGACAAGGCCCAAAACCCAUACUGUCCAUGAUCCUCAGGUGGCCAUACAUUAUUAACACAUGACUCUUAAGUGAAAAUCUCUGCAUGGGCUCAAAAUCACUUCCAUAAACCACUGUCUGUAAACACAAUUUGUCCCUGUGUUUACAGAUGUUGAAACUAUAAAGGAAACCAUUCAUGAUCCAUAAAUGCAUCUUAUUUUGGCCCAUCAAAGAUGCACUGAGGCAACUGUGGUGUGAAAAACUAAAAUCUGACUUUGAUUUUUGGAAUUCAUGGACGCUGCAUCCUCUGCUGGAAAGAUUAGAGGGGCCACCCUCCUGCUCAUGGCAUGGGUAGUUAACAUUUCUGAGAAGGCUCACUUAAUGAGGAACAUAAUGGAAUCCCUUUUUGCAGCCAAGAUUUUACACAUUUAAGCAAGAGGAUGCCACACUUGGUAAUGCCCAUAUAUAAAUACAGCAUGACUCUGUAGUAGAAGAGUCCUGGCGCUGAACUGCUCGCCUGCAGCACUUGCUCAUCCCCUUCAAAAACAUUUGGUGCUUCAUAACACAAAAAGAGAUGACAAAGGAGACCCCCAAACUUAUCAGCAACUGACAUCAGGCUAAAAUGGGACAAGAUUUUACUUUACAAACUGGCUUCCUGUGUGGACAAACGUUUACAGAGUACUGAAAAAAGAACAGCUGAUGCAUUACAGUGUUAAGCUUACCCCUCUCCCAACUUCUUUGAAAUGUGUUGCUGGCAUUAAAUCUAAAAUGAGAGUGUAUAAUCCGUAACACAAUGAAAUGUUCAUUUUUAACAUUUAAUGUGUUGUUUAAUCACUACUUUCAAUCGGGGUUUAAAUGAUUUGAAAAACGUCAAAAGUUUCAAUUAAUAUCUUACACAGUAUCCCAACUCUCAUGGAAUCUGUGUCUAAGUCAUAUUUGAUUGUAUAUCUGUCUAUUGUCAGAUGUUAAAUUGUUAUGGUGCCUCUAAUCACAGGCAGGAGCCAUGAUGGCUGAUUUCUUAUUGAAGGGAUCUGGUUUACAGAGAGUUUAGCUUUGGAGAGGUCUGUUUGUUAUAAGUGCACGUGUAUGCCAUCUGUCCCCACAGACAGACUCAUUAAAAGACAAACAAUCUGUGACAUUUCCUCUGUGCUUUUUUUUCUUUUCUCACUUUCUAUGUGAGUCGACCAAAACUGAUCUGCUGCCUGAGAUUAGGUUACAGAUGGAGAGGACUACCAUCUGCAGCUAUGAUAGAGCUAAUUCUCGAGUUAGGGAAAUCCUGUAACGAGUACCAUGAUCUUAAAUUGAAGUUUAUCAUGGUUUUUUUUCUUUGUUCAUGAAGCUCCACAGUUCAUGGUCUUCAAGGUCGAGUGGACUCUCUGGAGAAGUCCAACUCCAAGCUCAUAGAGGAGGUAAGAUCCACACUCAUAAUAUCAGUGACCUCGGAGUUAAAUGAGCUUUUCUACAUCACCAAUCACAUGCUUUUGUUAUGUUUGACUGGUUACAAACUCUGAAUCUGCUCUUAUUACCUGUGAAGUAAUCAUUUAGUGAUCUUUUAAUCAAAUAUGUUCAUAUGGAGUCAAAGUAUUGUUGGUUUUAAACUGUUAUUCUGUGUUUGUGUUUGCAGUUAGCCAUUGCCAAGAACAACAUCAUCAAACUGCAGGAAGAAAACCAGCAGCUGAGGAGUGAAAACAGUCUGAUUCUGCUGAAGGCACAACAACAGUUAGAGGUAUACAGUCACAUGGGCACAAACAACGAAAAGAGAGAGACUUGUAUUAAGUUUAUGUUUUUGCCCUGGCUUUACUUUAUAUUUGCCCUUAAUUUAAAUCAAUGUUAUUCAUCUAGGUCACUCAAGGAGAUGUGUCGGUGGAGAGAGACACGUACAGACAGUCUCGUCAGGGUUUGGAUGAAAUGUACAACGAGGCUCGAAGACAACUGAAGGAGGAGUGUCAGCUCAGACAGGUCAGACUCUGACUCUGUGUAUUCAGUGUGUUUUAAAAAUACACUAAAGUGAGAGCAUAAUUACAAAUAACACAAAUGUACACAUUUGGUCUUCUCAUGCCUUAGGAUGUGGAGAAUGAGCUGGUCGUUCAGGUGUCUAUGAAACAGGAAAUGGAGCUGGCUAUGAAACUUCUGGAAAAAGAUAUUCAUGAAAAACAGGUUGGCAGAAAUACGUUUUCCUUCGACUAAAACAAAACAUCAACGUACUAAGUAGAUUAAUAUUAUUUAGUUAGAGAAACAAAACUUACCGGGAACUGCCUAAGCAGAUGAAAGAGGCACAGUCAGUAAUUUUUGGCUCAUAAUGUUGGCCCUUUAGGAAUGUCAUUAGACCGAGGGAGCACAUGGUCAUUUACAUAACAAUCAUAAUAAACCUGCCAGCUCUUGCUCACAUGCUGUAGUAGCUUGCCCACCCCUGUGCCCGUCCCUGUGGCUGCCCUCCACACCAACAUGUGAACUCUGCUACACAAACACCACCAGCUAACAUUCAGAGCCAAGCUGUGACAUUCAGAUACUGUGGCGUCAUGAUACUGCGGCAUGAUGUCAUGACACAAAACCACCAGGUGAAUCAGCUGAUGGACUGGAGUGUAACCUCUGCAUCAUUAAAAUACAUGAGUGUCAUGCAUGCAUAUAAAUAAUACAGUUAUCUUUGAUUUAUUAUUUAUAUAAUUUAUGGCUGGAUGACAAACUAUUAGCUCAAAAUGUGACAAACUAGACUUCGAAGCUAGGACAACUGAUUUUCUGUUUUUCAUUAUCAGGACACACUGAUUGGACUGAGACACCAGCUGGAUGACGUUAAAGCCAUCAAUGUAGAAAUGUACCAGAAGAUGCAGGUACAAACACACACACACACAUACACAUACAAAACAUGUACUGUUGUUAUCAGUGUGUGACUGAUCUCGUCUCUUUGUCUGUCAGUCGUCUGAUGAGGAGAUGAAGAAGAAGAACAAUAUGAUCAGCCGUCUGGAAGAGAAGACCAAUCAGAUCACUGCCACCAUGAAGCAGCUGGAGCAGAGGUGAGAUGCAUGUGAAAAGCUAAACAGACACACACUGACAGAAACAGAUCCAUCCCUUUUCUACCUUGUCUCCUCAGUCCUUCCUUUGUAGUACGUCCUCUGCUGGUGUGUGAAAGCCUUGAACUACAGUCUGACUGAGGACUGUUAGUUUGACAUCUCAGAGAACCUGUUCACAGCUUUGACUGUAAACAAAGGUGAUCUGUUUGGGGGUGGGGGUUUAUACAGACUAGGGGUGGCCCGAUACGAUAUUGAUAUUGGAUAUUGGAUAUCGGUCCAAUAUCAGAAAAAAACGAAUAUCGGAUUUUAUCUGAUAUCAGCACUCUGAUACAAGCAGUCCAUUCCAGAUUUGCUCCAGCACUCCUAUCUAGCAGUGCCCCGAUUCAGCAAGCUCAGCCCACAAAAUCACAAUAAUAGUGUGUACUAUGGUACUAACAAAGUAGCAAGGAGUAAGAGUGAUGUUGGCCUUGUGGCAGUAUUUGUUUAAGUCUGAAAAAGACAUUGCAGCCGAAUGAAAAACUUGUCAUGCACACUUUGGUACCAAUAUCGGAUCAAUAUCAGUAUCGGUCAAUAUUGAAGGCUACAAUAUUAGUAUCGUAUUGGAAGUCAAAAAGUUGUAUUGGGACACCCCUAUUACAAACCUAUGUCAAUCCUCUGCAAUCUGAACUACGGCAGGAAAUGAUCACAGAUCACCUUGAAUAUAUGCAGAGCUAAGGUGGUUGUAGCGCAGCGGCGUGUGUAAGUGAGUAACAGGUGCAGAGUGUUUCUCACGUCUAGACUGAGCAGUGACAACACAUUUUAUGUGUGGUCAUAUUUAUGUCAUAUUUAGCUUUUUUCCUCUUGGUAUCUGAUCUAUUUACUGUCUGUGGUCAGCCAUUCAGCAGCCUCAGCAAAAAAAAAAACAGCAACAACUCAUUAACGCUGUCCGUUUCUUCAUGUUUUCUCCUCUGUAGCUAGCUAACUGAAUGUGACCUCUCACGCUGCCAGUGCAGAUCCUGUCUUUAGUAUCAGAUUGCAGAUAUGUUCAUGCAUAAUGCUUCAUAAGCCUUUAAUGCUCUGAAUUUAUAUGAGUCAUAAAGUCUUCAGAUGUAUUGAUGCUGUUUGAUCCCUCCUCACCCCAUCUUUACCAGACAAGAGUCCACAUCCCUCCCCUCCCCUCUCCCAUUGGUUUAAAUCUGCUCCAUCCUAUUUGUGAUUGGUUGUGAAUGUCUUUUUGCUGCUCUGAAAGUUCAUGUAGACUGGCAGAGCUUAGACCCUCGUUACAAAGAUCUCAUAUCAUAAUAACAAGCAAGCUGUGGGCUGUUGAGAAAUAAUCUGAGUAAGAGAAGAAACUGUAGGCAAUCUUGAGUCUCUAAUGUCUGUAUUUUAGUGUUACUCUGUGCACAUUUCAUCCUUAAAGUUUUUACCUGCUCUAGUUUUAUCCAUCUAUCUGUUCACACAUGUAGUAUAUUCUCCCUGCUUCCUUUCCCACCUCUCCUCAUCACUCACACUCUUACUGUGGAGCCAAACAAACUCACUUUGAGGAAACCUGAUAACAGCGGGAACCUGAGAGCCUGAAAUCAGAUUUCCGUGUUGUGAUGCAUUUUAUUUACUCUUACUGCUGUGCUUCUGAUGUUAAAGUCCCUUCAGGUUUUCGGUUUAACCGGGAACACCUAGAAUACUGAUGUAUUGACAUCCUUACUUCCUUCUUUUUUUCCUCCUUCUUUCCUCCCUUCUGUUCAUAUCUUUUUUACCACCUGUCCAACCAUCCAUCCAUCCUUCAUUUUGCUCCCUUCAAACCUCAUCGUUUCAUUAUUUUCCCCCCUGCUUCUCCCCUUGCUCCCUGGUGCAGUGAUAAGGAUCUCCUCAGUCAGACCAGAACGCUUGCUAUGUCUUUUGUAAAGUGUGCCAGCACAGACACAGAGCACCAGUACAAGCUAGUCAAGGACAUCUCCUUCUGAGGACAAACAUGCACUCAUUCACAGACUCACAAUAACUUAAGACUGUAUGAUAACAUGGACUUUAACUUAAAGGAACAUUCCUGUUUUUUUGCACACAACACCACAGAAUCAGGUGAAAUCUUAAUGCAGGGUUUAGUUACUGAGACGUGAUCAUCAUCAGCAGAGUGCUGUGAUUUCAAAAGACCACUUUAACACGAUUCAAGAUCUUGAGUUAAGUCCCGCACAGACCACUCUGCUGGGACACAAAUAUAGGUUUGAUGUAAAUAUUUUGGUUUGCUGCUCAGAGAACUGUCUUUAAUAGAAACUGGAGUCACAUUUUAACUUAUUUCCUGUACUGAUUUCUUUGUGUGCUGAUAGUGCACACAAACAUUCAAACAUAUGCUACUACUGCUCCGUCAUUGUUGGUCUAUAUGCAGUAACAGAGGUAGAGAGAUAGUGAAAUUUUGAGCUCUGAGGUGUAGUAACAGGGUUGUAGGUUUUGUUCACUUUGAGUCAAAGGGAGUUUAGUAGGCUUUCUCUCUUAUUUUAAACUACUGACUCCUUUAAUAUGUAGAAAUUGAUUUAUUGGACUAACAUCACUUUGCUUUAGAGUGAGUGUUUGACAUUUAGUUUCACUUUUUUGAACAAGUCUGAUCAUUUCUGGUGUAAAUCUCUUUGAUGAACUUUAUUCGUCCUUUAAGUUUUUUGCCUCUAGGAGUGAAAAGUCCACAAAAAUGUCAGAUGUUGGACUCUAAUAAAAGCUUUAAUGAGAGUUUAAACUUAUAUAUCGAUGGAAUAGCCACUGAGUGGGGUGAGUGAAACUAAGUUAGGUGUCUGUUUACUGAAUAUCUGCUUGUGCUUUAGGUCUAGUUUGAGAGGGAACAUUAAAACUACUGGAUAUUUUUGUUAAGAGCUCACCACAGACAGUCAGCGGUGAACAUCUUCAGUCAGAAGGAACGUUUGCUUGUGCAGCCUUUAGCUUGUAAUGUGUUGCCAGUUUUUGCUCUGCAUGUGAUGCACCUCCUGACCUGCUUCUGACUGGCUGUGAUGACCCUCGCUGCAUCUGAAAUCAGCCCUUUGUUCACUCUCUCACCGCUCUGUAAUACACAUCCAGUAGUGCACUCUGUAGUGUGAGCAGUAAAAAGAGAUUUCAGAUGUUUUGUCCUUUGCAUCAUCACUUCAAAGGUUUUUUUGUAAAAUCGUUGGCAGCAAGUCGUGGUGCACCAUGGACACCACUUUUUAAACUCAAAUAAAAUAGCAGAGUGCUCUGUACUGUAACAAAGAGAGACUUGAAACACGGUCUCCUUGUUUGCACUUCAACCUUUUGGAGAUUCAACAUAGCUAAAAAUUGUCGGGUUAAGUCAGGUUUUAGCAGAUACUAACAUCUCAGUGAGACCAGCAGCUUGACUUCACUUCACACGCUGUGUUUCUGUAGAAUAGACACAACAGACACGAGUGUACCUCCACUGCUGUAAACCUCUGGAGCUUCUGUCAAAGGAUUCUGAAUGUGUUAACGUGUCUCGUCUCAGCAUAUUGAUGACGUUUUGUGAUAGAGGAGGAGGUAGUCAUCUCCUUAUCCUAACUCCAUGUUCAUAGUUCAGUAACACCUCUCAGUUUGUUGAAGAGUAGAUGCUCGGUUCAUCUGUUGGAAACUCACAACUACUGUCUUUUACAAUCGUGAUCAAUAAAGCUAGGUGUUUUGAAGUGGUUGGCUGUGGUUUGAAUUUCUUUUUCUUUCUAUUUUAUAAUAUGAUUUAACUGAGAAAGGAUUGUAUUCUGAACGUCUCAGUAUCAAAGGUGAAAAACUUGAUGUAAAGCCAGGUUAAAUGAAGCCCAAACACACUGGAGGGAAGUUUCUUAUUGGGUGAAAAUCAAUGCUGUUGCUAUCCUUUCCAAACUUAAAUGAUACGAACAUGUAGGACAUCACUAAACAGGAAAAUAUGCUGAUGCUGAACUUCAGCUCACUUAACCUGAGCGCACAGACCUAUCAGGUUUAAAAGCUACCAACCUUCACUUACAUGUUCAUCGGCUACAGGGCAGUUUUUCUCAUGGCUUUGUCAUAUGUCUUUAUUUUAAACCAACAUCCUUGUGUAUUCCUUUUCUUUUCUCUUUACUCCUUUUUUGAUCCUCACUGCGCUGUUUUAUGUUUUACUCUGUGGUGCUACUCUUCAACCCUACCCUCUUUUAUCAUUUACCCUGAGUUAUCCUCCACCAAAUCUACAACAUCCAUCCUUCCCAUACUCCUCUAUUAUUUUCUCCCCUCUCCCUCCAUCAACCUACCCCCCCAGUUUUUCUCUCCAUGGUCCUGAGUUUGUCCCUGGUUAUAAUGGUGCAGAUUACAGGAUGCAGAGAGGAACCGCAGAGAGGCUGAGGAAGGAACCCGACGCUUCAAGUUAGACUUUGCCAACAAGGCGGACAGCUUGCAGCGACAGAUCGAACUCAGAGAGAGGCAACUGUAAGCGAAACUGAACACAGAUUCACUAAUAGACUCCUGCACAAACACACACCAACACUUCAUCAAUAACAAUUACAUUAAACUGUGUGAGGGAUGAUUGGCUAGAAAAGCCCUGAUCAACUGACCAAGAGUGGAAUAACACUAUACAAGCAGUUAAAACAUACCUCAUACCUUAGUUUGUACAUCUUUCAUGUGUAUCGUAACAACACUAAAUUUAGCUACACAGACACGCAUGCUCUUUUAUUACCUGCUCUUCACCAUUUCCCCUCAUCUGUCUCUGUGUGAUGUCUGUUUUGUGUGUUGUUGGUUAUAUUGUGUUCAAUUUUGUAGCCAGCAGCUGGAGACAGACCUGAAGAUAGAGAGGGAAUGGAGGCAGACAUUACAGAAUGAUCUGGAGAGAGAGAGGGACUCGGUGUCUCAGCUCAGUACAGAGGCGCUGCAGAUAAAUGGACUGAAAAAGGUAAAAAUGUAAUCCUGUUUUUUUUCCUGUGAUCUAAUUUGAUCUGAUCUUAUACGCGUCUUCUGUUUUUGUUUUUACUUGGGGUUUUUUGGUCAUUUUUCAAGGAGUUUCAUCGUCUUCAAGAUGAAAAUAUUCAGCUGAAAAGCAUCUGUGAGGACCAAGAACAAGCACUAGAAGAACUGGGCUCCAAACUUAGCGAGUAUGUGCGUUAAAAAAUAUCCGUACCAAACUGUACUCAGUCAUAGUUUCAACUGAAAGAGUUUAAGUGUGCCUCCUUUUAGAUAACACCCAGACUUUGAAGACCGUGUAGCUCAGUGUUGUUUUCAUCGUCACGUGAGUUUCAGAUAAAAAAAAAAGUUCUUGAAAUAACAGACAGUGCAAGUGCUUGUCAAGAGUUUUUCCUGUCAUUUGUUUGUUUACAAUAAACAGAAUAUGACAGAAAUGGUAAAUCAAAGCAGGGGCCAUCUUAACCAAUUUUUACUCUGAGAGAAAGACUGUUGUUGGUUAGAGUUUUCAUUUUCUUAACAGAGCUCUGUCUUAUUUUUGUGUUGAAAUUAGAUCUAAACUGAAGAUUGAGGACAUCAAAGAAGCAAACAAAGCUCUCCAGGUAAAGUGACAGUGAGCUACAAUGGUGGAAAAAAAAAAAAACACCACUUCAUCAUGAUGAACAUGUUAACUCCAUGUGUGAUGCCGUUUCAGGGGGGUCAGGUUUGGCUGAAGGACAAGGAUGCCAGCCACUGCAAGCUGUGUGAGAAAGAGUUCUCCAUCUCAAGACGCAAGGUCAGAGCUCACAUGAAGUGCUGUGCAACAGCUGAGAUUGCAGCAUCGUCAUCACGCUGAUGCUUUUCUGACUCUCUCUUCUUCUGUCCGUCUCCAGCACCACUGUAGGAACUGUGGGGAGAUUUUCUGUAACAGCUGCUCGGACAAUGAGCUCCCUCUGCCCGCCUCGCCCAAACCGGUCCGAGUGUGUGACACCUGUCAUGCCCUCCUCCUCCAGAGAUGCUCCUCUAAUCCAACGUGAAGAACACCCACGCUGCUGCCCUGACUGCCGCAAUCAAUCUGUGACCAGACUUGAAGAAAUCCCCACGCUCCUGUCCUGCGUACACAACCUCACUUAUCUUCACCCGGCGUUUGCUGCUAGAAAGGACCCAAAUACAUCAACCUUUAAGUCCAUUCGACUUACCAGUUGUCCUGCACAGACAAAAAGACAGGUGUCUGCAUCAUCCUGUUCUCACUGUUUGAUUUUUCUUUUGAUUGUAAGGAGGCUCAUGGUUCACUUUCAUGUGGACCAGCAUGUCUUAAAUCCUCAACAGACAAAUCUCUAGUCUGCACUAGUAUUUUAAACAAUCAUUGCUGCUCGCAGUCAAACUUUGAUUUAAAUAAAUUUCCCCAUUAAUUCACAAUAAAUUUAAAUAAUAUCAUAUGCAAAUUGGAUCCAUGGACAAGCUCAGAAUGCUCCCUGACCACGAAAGAGCUCCAAAACUCAGUUUAUACCUGACUUAGUAAAAACCUGAUGAAGGACAUAAUAUCUGCUUUCCCACAGUAUAUUUCAUGGUGGGAACACAGCAGAGCAAACAGCUGGACUGUUUGGGUAGUAAUAAAAAGAGUUAGCAUGAUCUUAUACCACUAACAUCUAAUGUUUUGUUCUCUUCCUGAUGGUCACACUAAAAUCAAACCAGGUGCUAAAAGGCACAACAGGUGUGAUACAAAGUUUGAUGGGUGAGGAUUAUUGAUGAAGUAUAAAUCUCUACAUACAGCUGAUGUUUUGGAUGUGUAUGUAACUCACGGCACACACUGACACUGAUCAGCAGGUCGUGUUUUGGUAAAUUCCCCCAUGAAAUUCAGAGAAGAGAGAGGAGGAACAACUUCUGACUGAAACUGCACUGACUGUGACGAGCACUACAGCUAACUAACGCAGCUGAUUUAUUCUGACACAAACCUUCAGCUCUACAUGGCAUUGCAUUUUUAUACUGUAUGCAUCGAAUCUCAAACUAUACAGGGGGGUAGAGCCAAACUAAUGAGAUUAUAUGGGUUAUACAUCCAGUACUGUGGCCUUGUUACUGUGACGCCACCCUCCAGUGAACAGAAACAUACAGGCGGUAUUGACACCGGCACAAAAACAAGUCAGCUCCACUCUGAACUCGACUGAAAUCCUCCAGUCUGUGCUCAGACUUUUCCCAUGAACCACAUGGAAACUGUGCAAACAUACAUCAUCUGCUCUGACAAUGAGAAAUCAGAUCAGUGUUCCUCCUUAUUCAGCGAGAAAUGAGACCUCUCUGCAAACCUUUCGCUGCUCCCAGCAGGUUGUCCCUGCUGACCCAAGGACUAGACUAGUUCCUCUUUCAGUGAAGCAGACUUUUUUUUGUUUGUUGUUGAACAGAAUUUGUGCCAUUUGUGCAUGUGUAAAUGCAACAGUUUUUCCUACAUGUGCUUGUCAUGUUGCCAAAAUUAGCCCUACGUUUCUACAGGGAGCACUUCUGUAGAGGAGAGAGAUAAAGUAGCAACACUAGCUCACACUAGCCAAGGACAAGGUGGCGCAGAAUAAAGGCACAUUUCACCAUGAAAUAGUGAAUGCUGCUGCUAAAAGGACCAAGAAGAGCAGCAGAUGUUUCAUCUGUGGUUACUCUUCUUUUAAUGAACCACUGAUGACUAAUUUGUGACAUGACCACUUCACUGACUUCAUGUGGUUCAAAUCAGACUUGCAGUGUUACACUCUUGACAGUACAGCCACACAGUGCAUCUCAACACUUGCCAAUCCUAUAUGAACUGAUGUGUGAUUACAUUUAGUAUUUAUUUUGAUUUUGUGUAAAUGCACAUUAAUUUUUUACUUAAAAAGUCCAGGAACUUAUGGGACUUUCACUUGAAGUUGUUUGUAAACUGUGCAGAAGGAAACCCAUGUUCUACUGCUGCUCUUUACCUCCAAGAGGGAGUUUGAAGCUUUUUUAAAAUCUGGAUUGAAGAAAGUGUUUCCUCUCUUCUGUCAAACUGAUGACUGAUUGCACAUCCUUCAGGGAUGGGUUAUGAUUAGAGUUCUUCUGCACAUUCUGGUGUCGUACCAAAAUACAAUGUUUACAACCUGAGACUUUUCAAGAACUGGAAGUAUUCAUUCCCACAGAGAUAAAACAGGUCUGUGUUCACUUUAAUCAGUAUUUUCAUGUUUCAGAUAUUAAUAAAAAGCACGAAUCUAUCAUAUCAGUGGUAUUUAGUACUUCAGGAAAAUGCUUGUACUGCAGCCAGGCCUGAAAUGUUUGUACAGUGUCACUCGUACACACCUCCCAGCUUUCAUUGGGAUUUGUACAGUGUUGACAGUAUGUUGUAAAUACAUAAUGUUGAUAAUCACUGUGGCCCUUUGGUUUGAUGAAACCGUUGGAAUAUUAACUCUGUUGCCAACAAUAUGUUGCCUUGACUGUGUAGCAGUUUCUGAUUAAAUUAAGUUUCUGAAAAAAUGAGUCUUCCUCAUUUUUAAUUUAGCUGAAGUGUGAACAUUUCCUGUUGUGUUUGUUCCUGAAAAUAAAAAUCUGGUAAAAUCA